AUGAUGAGAUACUAUCAUGAAAUAUUGCGGAGCAGUACAGGAACUAUUUAUAGGGAUCGGAAUGAAAUUAGCCGAAGGUCUAGGGACUCCGGUUUCCUCACCAUCAUCCAAGACGAUGAAGGCGUCGGCGGUUUAGAAGUCACGACCAACUCCGGCGAGUUCUUCGCCGUCGAUCCCUGGCCAGGCACCCUUUUCGUUAACCUCGGUGACAUGGCAACGGUUUGGAGCAAUGGAAGAUUUUGUAACGUGAAGCAUAGGGUGCAAUGUAAAGAGGCGAAGAUACGUGUUUCGAUUGCAUCGUUUCUUUCAGGGCCGAGAGAGGCGGUGGAACCGCUGCCGGAGCUUGUGGACGAUGAGCAUCCCCGUGUGUAUGUGGCCACCACCUACGAAGAGUACAGGAAGUUGAGGUUUUCGACGAAGCUGCAGACGGGCGAAACUCUUGCACUCUUGUACACAUCAAGCUCCGACCAGUGAUUAACAAUGGUUUUAAUCAGUCUCAAUAUGUUGAGAAAAAAUGUGGCAAUAUGUUUGGAGUUUAUGUUCAGAAAAAAUAGAAAACAUGAAAAUUACAUAUUUAAGAUUAGUAUAGGCAUAUUGCCUAAAUAAUUAUUUACGACAUUCC